UGUUGAUCACGCGAUCAUACAAGUUUAUUCGCGGAGCGUGUUCAUCGGCCCCGCAGGCUGUGAUUUCUACGAAAGGCUGGAGCCUCGGAGAGUGUCUUUGUCCAUGUGGUCUCAGCCGGUGCUUGCAGAGACAGCUUGUUGUGUUGAAGGGCGAUUUCUGGAUUUAUUUAUUUUUUAUUUAUUUUUUUGUUUUUUUGAUGCUGGGGGUUCAUGUAGGUGACCAAGUGUGUUGUUAGGGUUUGGAGGUUGGGCGAGGAAGCGUGCUGUGUUUUUUUGGUUGUGAAUUUGGUUCUGGUUGCGGGAAAGAGAAGAGGAACUGUCGAGUAGUGGAAGGGGUUUUCAGGAGCAAUGAAGAUCACUGCGUUGUUGGUGCUGAAAGCGCCUGUGGCCCAAGGAGGAGAGUCGCUUAUGUUAGCUAACGCCUCGGAUGUGUCGCAUUUCGGUUUCUUCCAGCGCCAGGCCGCGAAGGAGUUUAUUCUGUUUGCGUCGCGGACCAUAGCGGGACGGACUCCUCUUGGACAGCGCCAGACUGUUGAACAGGACGAGUACGUGGUGCAUUGCUACAACCGAAGUGGACUUUGUGGGCUAGUCUUUGCUGAUAAGGAGUACCCCCUGAGGAGUGCUUUCUCGGUCAUUAACAAGGUGUUAGAUGAAUAUCAGAAGACUUUUGGUGACUCUUGGAAGAUUAAGAAUACAGACAGUACCGAUGCAUGGCCUUUUUUACCAGAAGCUCUUGUGAAGUACCAGAAUCCUACUGAGGCUGAUAAACUGGCCAAGAUCCAAAAAGAUUUGGACGAGACAAAAGUUAUCCUGCAUAAAACAAUCGAAAGCGUCCUUAAACGCGGGGAGAAUCUCGAUAAUCUGGUUGACAAGAGUAACGACCUAAGCUCUGCUUCACAGAUGUUCUACAAGCAAGCCAAGAAGGCUAAUCAGUGCUGCACCAUUUUGUGAACACAUUUUUUGUUAGGGUCUCACAAUUCCCUACUAAGCUCUACAUUUCGAUUGCCCACUCAGUCCGGCAACUAGUGGUGUUGGUACUGAGCAUUUUUCUUUUUUGAACUUAUAUUAGAAUGGACACUGCAGAUCUCAGGUGUAUAGGCAGAGGUUCAUUCUCCUGUUGCACAUGGGGAUGAAACUUCAACCUAAUGUAGAAAUUUACCUGGUCCUGCCUAGCCUUGUCACACUUUUGUCCUUAUGUGCAACGGUCGCCACGGCUCAGUUGAAGUUAUGUCGCAGCUACAGGCACAUCACCUACAGGACUCAAAUAGGUGAUGUGCCGCGAUCCCUGUCCUUGCCGUAACCUAUUGUCAGGCCAGGUUUAUGAAUGGAAGAUGUCAUUUUCAAGUAGGCACUUGAAUUUUGAUUCAGACCGGGUGAUAUUUGUGGGGAAAACGUCGUAAACCCCACUGACUUGUAAAGUAAAUUGUUGAAUUCUUUUAAGCUAUUAUCCGUUCAUCUUGGAAGCA